UGUAAUGUGAAGAAUGAUAGUUCCAUAAAGUCUUAUUUUCGUUCGUUUAAAAGUGUUAAGAUUAAAUGUAUAUUUUCACGAGAUGGAGAUAAUUAGCUCUGCCAAUUCCUGCAAUGUGUCUACUCCUUCGUUCGUCGGAGUUAUACCUUUACCAAAUUCAACCUUAACAACCACUAUGGGCCCACAGUUUGCAAGACAGUUUAUGCGUUUUAACAAUCAAACAGUUGUUAGUACAGCACCGGAAGAUAUGUUUCAUUUGAUCGAUACAUAUUGGUACCAAUUCCCUCCCUUGCAUCCAUUAUGGUAUAAAAUUUUAGGCCUUGUUAUGAUUGUGCUAGGAAUUAUAGGAUGGUGUGGAAACGGUGUAGUGGUUUAUGUAUUUAUAAUGACACCAUCACUGAGAACACCAAGUAAUCUGCUUGUAGUAAAUCUUGCUUUCUCAGACUUUAUAAUGAUGGGUUUCAUGUGCCCCCCCAUGGUAAUUUGUUGUUUCUACGAAACGUGGGUUCUUGGACCUUUGAUGUGUGACAUUUAUGCAAUGGUUGGUUCACUGUGUGGAUGUGCAUCUAUAUGGACAAUGACAGCCAUUGCCUUAGAUAGAUACAAUGUGAUAGUGAAGGGGAUGUCUGGAACACCCUUCACUAUCAAGAAAGCCAUACUCGAAAUCUUGAUCAUAUGGCUGUUUGGUUUGUUAUGGACAAUUUUACCCAUAGUAGGAUGGAACAGAUAUGUUCCAGAGGGUAAUAUGACAUCGUGUGGAACGGACUAUCUGUCUUUAGAUUGGGGCUCCAAAUCAUACAUAUUAGUCUACUCUGUUUUCGUCUAUUACACGCCGUUGUCUACUAUUAUUUAUAGUUAUUACUUUAUCGUCUCGACCGUCGCGGCACACGAGAAAGGAAUGAGAGAGCAAGCGAAGAAAAUGAACGUUUCGUCUCUACGAUCCGGAGAGACCCAAGGCCCCAGUGCCGAAGUAAAGCUAGCAAAGGUUGCAUUGACGACAAUCUCGCUCUGGUUUAUGGCGUGGACUCCGUACCUUGUAAUCAACUACAUCGGAAUAUUCAAUCGUAACCUGCUCACCCCCCUCUUCACUAUAUGGGGAUCACUCUUUGCUAAAGCUAAUGCCAUAUACAAUCCAAUCGUGUAUGGGAUCAGCCAUCCAAAAUAUAGAGCCGCGUUAAAGGAGAAGUUACCAUUUUUGAUAUGCGGCGAUACCGAGGAACAGGCCGCAGGCGGAGAAAAAUCCGCGGAGGCUGGUGGAAACUCUUAGAAUACCCGGUAACUCAAAGUACUUUCAAUUAGUUUAUUUGCAUUUAUAAAAUUAAGGUACAGAUACAACACUCUCAUCGUAUCUUACGAUAAUAUGAUACACGUUUACCUAUCUAGUAAACACAGAGCUGGUACCUGCUAUACCAAAGUGACCAUGUAUAUUGCUGGGCA